CCCCGCCCCCCCCCCUCUCCCUCCUCUCCUCCUUUAUCCUUCUCCUCUCCCCCUCUUUUAUCCGAGUGUUUGUGGUCCCCACAUUCCCACAGCAGCUCUGAGGCGUGCAGCGUCACAUGGUCCUGAGAAAAACACCAGUCUCCUCACCUGCCAAAUAUUCUAUUUUAUUCACCAGCUAGCAAGUGUCUCCGGUCACCAUGAGUGUCCUGCCAUGCAGUCUCCUCCUCCUCCUCCUCCUCUGCCUCCCCGCCAUCGCGGAGGCCAAGCGGCAGCCCGGCGAGGGGAAACCGGACAAACCCCGCCAGCCCCCACCGUCCCCCCAACCAGCCAAGAGAGCUAGAAACCGCUCGGUGCCGGGCUCCGGGGAGCUGACCACCAAGGAGGGCCACAGCUGCACCUGGCAGACGUCCGGCGAAGGCCUGGUCCGCCUGCUGGUGAACUGCAGCGCUGAAACACUGGGAGUCCAGCAGAGGUAUUGGUGCCGCUACGCCGGUAAACCCGACCUCUGCCAGGCCUACGGGGUGAAGUCCAGCCAGUACUGGAAGCAGCUGGUGGGGAAGCUGAAGAAGAGGCAGAACGCAUGCGAAGGAGAGAAAGUCCUGAAGGCUAAAACCUGCAAGAAGGCUCCGGCCGAGGCCCACAUGAAGCUGGCCCAACGCAGCGGAGACGAGGAGAGGAAGGGCGGGAAGAAGAGAGCGCCGCCGGCCGGCAAGGCCUCGGACGGAGGGAAGGCGGAGAGGAGGAAGAACAAGGAGCAGGAGGAGGAGAAAAAGAAGGAGGACUGGAUGGGGUUCGACGAGGAAGGGGUGGUGAACGACAUGGCGCCCGUGCAGACUUACUGCAACGGGGGGUGGCACUCCGUCUGCUCGUUCUUCGUCAAGUUUUUUGAGGGUUGAUGUGAAAGUUAUUAAGGAAAUGCGAAGCUGAUUUUUUGACACAUGAUGGUGCGAAUUCACAAUCUAAAAUGUUAGAAAACAAAUGUGUGCAGGAAACACCAGGCAGCUCAUUUCUAAAAGGUUUUCAUUUUCUCACCACUGAGCUGAUUGAGUACAAAGUACUCAAGUAAAUUUUACAAAACAAUUAUACUAAACCUGCCAACACUAAAUAAAAGACAUAAAUGUUCCUCCAAGUCCUCACACACUCUGCAAACUGUAUUUGAAAAGAGGAAAACGAAUCAUUCUGACUACAUUAACUUUGGAUCUUGUGUUAAUUAAGAAUUUUUUAACUUUAACUGUGUUUUUUUGUCUACAUUGUAGUUGAGCUGUUUCAACUUUUUGAAUAACUAAUAAAAAUAGUGUUUCGGUGAACAAUCAAUCAAUCAAUGACUGAUCAUCUCUGAUGAUGAUGGCGGUAAUAGUAGUAAUUAACAUCUUAUUUUCGUGGCGUUGAGUUAAUAUUUCCUGUAAACUUUGUGAAACUGUUCUGUAUGAACAAUAAAUCUGUUAAAUGUGA